AUGGUAUAUUCUGAAGAUGGCGACAGACGACUCAUGAAGCAGGAAAACGGUUUCAGAAGGCCUGACCUCCUAACCUCCAGUCCGAGUCCGUCCAUGUAUCCGGAAAUAUGGCGGCCCCCGACGCCCGAGCGCCAAGAGAUGUCGUCCCGGUCUCCGCUGCAGCUCAACACUGCCGCCGUCCCCGUCAACACCGGAAGUUACGCGCUGCCACCUCCCGCCUACGAACAGGACAACUACCCAAAUGUUCUCGCAUUCUCUCCGACAUACAAGGAGUUCGCAGUGUAUAAGGACAAGGCACCUAGUCACGAGGUUCCGGAAACGGUGCUAUCCCUUAAGAACGCGGUGGUACACACUUCCUUCGGUGGCCCACUGUCGCCUCUCUCUCCCACCAUGCACAUUGGACCACUUACGCCUGGGGGCCUCCCGAACCAGCCCCAGCAGCCACUUCCGUACACCGUCAGCGGCGGCCAGGUGCACCCAGUCAGCUACUCCGGAAGAGGAAGCCCGCAGUACUCUUCAGUACAUGCUCAGAUCCACGGCGACCAUAUCAACACUCAGCAACAUGGCGUAUUUCCGGCGAUGAGUGUCAACGUCUCCAUGAGUAUGAAUGUAGUGCCGCCUAAUUUUGGAAACAAUUGUAAUCCACCUCAACAAUGGCAGACUAGCUCCCAACACUACACGCCAGGUCAAGACUACCAGCAUUCCUCCCACGAGUUCCAGCCCCAGUACAGCCCCUACUCACAAAGCUACUACCCUCAACACUACUCACUGUCGUCAGACUUCCGACCAAGCGCGCCUGAAAACCGAGCGUUCUAUUAUAAAGUACCAGACGACAUCAAAACAAGCCCGAGGUUCUACCCUCCAAACCAAUUCAGGCGAGGGAAGUUUAUGGAAGAGAGACCUUUUCAUUUACCACACAGUCCUGACAAUUCUAAAAUUAACUUGUGCAGAAUUUGUGGAAAGACAUACGCGCGCCCGAGCACGCUUAAGACCCAUCUUCGGACUCAUUCCGGCGAAAAACCGUAUAAAUGUAAUGCUUGUAACAAGUCAUUUUCUCAAGCAGCUAAUCUGACCGCGCAUGCGCGAACGCACAGCGGGGAAAAGCCGUUCCAUUGCCCCGUCUGCGAUCGCCAUUUUUCCCAGAGUUCUUCAGUGACGACACACAUGCGCACGCACUCAGGCGAGCGACCGUACCGGUGUCGUCUGUGUAAGAAGGCGUUCUCGGACAGUUCGACCCUGACCAAGCAUUUACGGAUACACAGUGGGGAGAAGCCGUACCAGUGUAAACUCUGCCUCCUCCGUUUCUCCCAGUCCGGCAACCUGAACAGACACAUGCGUGUUCACUCCAGCAACGGAUGA